CCCGGCGCUCGGGCCGGCCCCGCCACGCCAACUUCGGAAAAAGUUUUUUGGGGGAGACGGUGACAUCGAGGCGCGCGGCUCUGCGCCUCCCGACUCCGCGGACCUUUCCGGGAAAUGUUGCAAAAAAGCUGAGCCGGCGGGCAGAGGGAAGCGCCCGCAGCCGGCGCGGGAGGACGAGCCAGCGACCGCCGCGUUCUCGCUCCUCUCGGAGGUUGGAGUCCCCGGGGCGCCCCCACACGGCUAGACGCCUCGGCUGGCUCGCGACGCAGCCCCCCGGCCGUGGAUGCUCGCUCGGGCUCGGGAUCCGCCCAGGUAGCGGCCUCGGACCCGGGUCCUGCGCCCAGGCCCUCCGCAGCCCCCCAGCGACGGAGCCGGGGCCGGGGGCGGCUGCGCCCGGGGGCCAUGCGGGAGAGCCGCGGCGGCGGCUGCAGCGGCCUGAGCGCCUGAGCGCCGCGGCCCCGAGCCGAGCCCCGCUCCCCCCCCAGCCCCCGCCCCCCACCCUGGCCGCGGGGGCUGCGCGCUCGGUCCACGCGUCCGGGGCCCCGCGGGGCCGGGCCGGGAGUCGGCAUGAAUCGCUGCUGGGCGCUCUUCCUGCCGCUCUGCUGCUACCUGCGUCUGGCCAGCGCCGAGGGGGAUCCCAUUCCCGAGGAGCUCUACGAAAUGCUGAGUGACCACUCGAUCCGCUCCUUCGAUGACCUCCAGCGCCUGCUGCAUGGACACUCCGUAGAUGAAGACGGGGCGGAGCUGGAUCUGAACCUGACCCGGUUGCAUCCUGGAGGCGAGCUGGAGAGCUUGUCCCGAGGGAGGAGGAGCCUGGGCGCCCCGACUGUGGCCGAGCCAGCCAUGAUCGCCGAGUGCAAGACCCGCACCGAGGUGUUCGAGAUCUCCCGGCGCCUCAUAGACCGCACCAACGCCAACUUCCUGGUGUGGCCGCCCUGUGUGGAGGUGCAGCGCUGCUCCGGCUGCUGCAACAACCGCAACGUGCAGUGCCGCCCCACCCAGGUGCAGCUGCGGCACGUGCAGGUGAGAAAAAUUGAGAUCGUGCGGAAGAAGCCGAGCUUUAAGAAGGCCACAGUGACCCUGGAGGACCACCUGGCAUGCAAGUGUGAGACGGUGGCAUCUGCACGGCCCGUGACCCGAAGUCCGGGGAGUUCCCAGGAGCAGCGAGCCAAGACGCCCCAAACUCGGGUGACCAUUCGGACAGUGAGAGUCCGCCGGCCCCCCAAGGGAAAGCACCGGAAGUUCAAGCACACGCAUGACAAGAAGGCACUGAAGGAGACCCUCGGAGCCUAGGGGCAUCUGCUGGAGAGUGUGGGCAGGGUUAUUUAAUAUGGUAUUUGCUGUAUCGCCCCCAUGGGGUCCUUGGAGUGAUAAUAUUGUUCCCCUCGUCCGUCUGUCUCGAUGCCUGAUUCGGACGGCCAAUGGUGCUUCCCCCACCCCUCACGCGUCGUCCACCCUCUGCCAGCGGAGUCUCCCCUCGGCGGCCUCCAGCAUCUUACCCAGAAGCUCACGAAGGAAAUGAAGGACCUGGACUCCGUCGCUGUCACUCCCCCGGCCCAAGCAUCUGAAACGAGAGCGCAAGAGAGACCGAUGGGGUUGCUGUUUGGGGGAAGGGCUGCCUCCCCCAGCUGCCCGCCCAGGCCGCGCCCACGCGCUGUGGACUGGCCUGAAGAGGCUCCUGUGGCCCCGGCCUUCUGGGCGUGGCCUGCCUGGUCCCGGGACCCCGGCCGCUGUCAAGGGGAUGCGCAGGCCCCAGGGUACCUGGUGCUCCUGUGCCUCAGGGCGCGUGGGGAGCACAGACUGGAGGAAACCCUCCCCACGGGGCCCGGCCCAGUCACCUCCUGUCCCGUCUCCUCUGCCCCCCAUGGCUCCCUUGCACCAUAUGCAUGUGCAGUCUCGGGGGGUGUGGACCACGCCGGGGCGUGUGGCCAGAGCACGACAGCCAAGUGCCCCAGAUGGGUCAGAGGUGAAGUGAGCCCUGGAGGUCAGUGUAGCUGGUGACCUGGACGCCUGCUCCCCCGCCUGUCACGUCCUCCUCCGUUUCAUCUCUCUACCUCCACCCCGCCACCCUGCAUCUUCCUCUUCUCCUGGCCCGAUAGCCUUUUCCCCCGUGGGGAGUCCCUCAGUGAGGCCCCAGAGGACCCCCAGCCACCGCUCCAGAGGGCGGAGAACCCGGGUCCAGGACCCAGGGUCCUGCCCAUCCUAGUCCAGCCCACCCCAGCCCUAAGGGGGGUGCGGUAUGCACAUGGGGGGGCUGCAUGUGGGGGCGCUGCUCACACCCUACGCAAGGCCAAUUGUAUAUUUAUGGCAGUUCUGGCAGAUGGAGUGACGUGUCUUGAGGAAAGGGGUCCUUUUGGUAACUCACACCAUGUCGUGUAGACAGGCCGUGCCCGACCCAGCCCCUGGCUUGGAGGGGCUGAACGAGAGCGAGGGGGAAAGGGGGCAUCUGAACCCCACUUCCCUGAUUCCUCAGCUCAGCCCCCUUCCAGGCAGGUGUGAAAACCCAAGAGAAAGUCUCCAAGGGAGGGGGCAACCUUCGCUCCCCCCUCCGCACAUCUCCCCAUCUUGAUCCUUUUGCGUUUCACCUCCGGUGGCUCCUCCCAGGAAACCAGCUCAUGGGCUGGGAGUGGGGGAGACAGGGAGCUGGUCCCCAGAGCCCCCGAGGGGCGGGGCCUGCGCUCCUUCUCCCUGCCCACCUUCCACUGCACUUUCCCCCUCGCCUCCCCCAGAUCUGCUUCCUUCAGUUUGUAAAGUUGGUGAUUAUAUUUUUGGGGGCUUUCCUUUUAUUUUUUAAAUGUAAAAUUUAUUUAUAUUCCGUAUUUAAAGUUGUACAAAAAAAUAACCACAAAACAAAAGCAAACGAACCCACUGGAGGUCUGUCUGUUGGCAUCGCGCGGCAAUU